UUUACUCCAACGCAUCACUUUUGUACUCAGUUUUCGUUCGUAUUAUACUAAAUCUGACUUGUUUUUAAAUGUUGAAUCAGUUGAAUAAGUUUUUUCAAUAGGACUAGUUUAGACCAUUGAUACUCAGGGCACACCCAUUAUUAUUGUUUAUUUUAAUUGUUCUGUCGACCUGUGCUUGUGACCCGGUUAUAAAGCUUAAUUUACCAUUUAAUUGGCUUUCGAAUAAAACACUAAUUUGUAAAAUUUAAAUAAUUUUUUUUGGAAAUGACUUGUUGAAUAACUUUUAAAAUGAGAGUAGCAAUAAAUGAUUGGAUCUCAUUUGUGACCUAGAGAGUGAUAUAUUCUCUCUGUAAGCUCAAAUUUAAAAGAAAAAUGGGAGACUUUUUAGAAGCAUUGCGAGAAGAAAGUGAGUUAUUAAAACAAGAGUUAGAAAGGGUCAAUUGUGAACUUGAACAGACAACACACGAAAAAAACUUGUCUGCUGAAUAUGGUCUUGCUUUAUUGGAAGAAAAACAAACUCUUCAACACAGAUAUGAAGAAUUGGAAUCAUGCUAUGAUUCAUCUAGGACAGAGUUGGAAUUACUUAGAGAGGCAUUGGCAAAGUAUCAAACAAAUCAAAAAGUAACUGCAUCCAGUGGAAUUGAGCAGGAAGAAAGUUUACUUCUUGAAACUGCUAGUAAAGAAGCAUCAUUUACAUCACAUGUAUUAGAGCUACAAAAAGAGCUUAAACAAGCUAGACAAGAAGAAUCAAGAGUUAGGGAUGAAAAAGAACGCAUCCUUAAAGAAAACAUUGACCUUGCUAAGAACUGUGAUGUAAGUGAAUGGGAAAAACGAAAUUACAAAGCCGAAUUGAAAGAACUGAAACUGAGAGAGCAGCGUCUCCUAAGCGAUAAUAAUGAGCUAGAAGAAGAGAACAUUUCCUUACAAAAGCAAAUAUCAUCUCUCCGGUCUGCACAGGUAGAAUUUGAAGGUGCCAAACAUGAAGUCAGAUGCCUUAGAGAGGAAAUAGAAGCAACUAAAGGCCAAAUUGAAGAGCUAACAUCUUUGCGAAGAAUCGCUGAGAAACAACUUGAAGAGGCUCUGGAAGCCUUGCAGUCAGAGAGAGAACAAAAAUAUGCCCUGAAAAAGGAACUGGAUCAGCGCGUGAAUUCUGAAUCAAUUUUUAACAUAAACAACCUAGGAUUUUCUGGAUUCGGGCUUGGAAGUUUAAAUCAAGAAGAUGGUGAUCCAUCUGAAGAUGAUGCAGACAAUAAUACAACAUUAACAUCUUUAUCGUUAUCCAGCACAUCUGAAAAAGACAAUGGAGCAAAGCCUCAAACUUCAACAGUCGGUGACUUAUUUAGUGAACUUCAUUUGUCUGAAAUUCGUAAGCUAGAAAAACAGUUAGAAGUGUCUGAAAAUGAGAAAGCCAAAGUAUCUUCUCGUCUCCAAGAAGCUCAGCAACAAUUAGAAAAAACGAAGGCAGAACUUAAUAAUCAAAAUAGCAGAGUUCACAAAAUGUUUGAGCAUAUCAACACACUUAUCGUCUUACAUGGAAAACCUGAGGAAAUUGAAGAAGUUAGCUGCAGUGAUGAACCUGAAAAGGAUAUCCCUGAACUGUCUCGAUUGAAGAGCCUUCUAACAAAACACGAACAAAGGUAUCAACUUGCAGUACAACAGGUGGAGCAACUACAGAAUGAUGUGAAAGGUUUGCAGCAGCAGGGAGCUAUCAUCAACGAAAAUGACGAAGAAGUCAAUAUGAAGUUGAGAGCUGAAAUUUCUGAUCUCAAAAUCAAGGUUCGAACUUAUACCAACAAAAUCAAGGAACUGGAAGGAGAUUUACUUAUUAUGGGUGAAAUUGCUAAAGAAGCUAGCUAUUCAUUAAAUUAUAUUCAGGAUGAUUUGGUUGCCGUGUCAGAGGAGCUUGCUCAACUCUAUCACCAUGUCUGCAUGGUUAACGGAGAAACUCCAAAUCGUAUAAUGUUGGAUCAUGUUAAAGAAUCUCAUUCAGUUGACUCUGGUUUGUCAGAAAUAAAUAAAGAUCAGCCCUACAGUUUGAUAUUCAACAUGAAUGCUAGCAAAUUGGACACAUUGAGGGAAAAGCUUAAGAGUGAUGUGGCAAUCAAAAUUCUAUUAGAAGAGGAUUAUAAAUUCGACAACAAAAAAGACUUCAUGACUGCUGGGAACCGCUUGUUAGAUACAAUCCGUGACCAGCUGAAUCAUCUUUGCAAAGCCAUCGAAAGUACUAUUGAAAUCCACCGGCAAAAAACCCUACAUACUGGUACCCAAGAGCAUUCUUCCCUGACUGAAAAUGAGGACUUGCAAGAAAAAGUAAUCAAAUUGCAAUCUUUGCUGUCUACCAAACGAGAACAAAUUGCCACCCUCCGCACCGUUUUGAAGGCUAACAAACAGACGGCAGAGGUAGCUCUUGCUAAUUUGAAGAGCAAAUAUGAGAAUGAAAAGGCCAUAGUGAGUGAGACAAUGAUGAAGCUUCGUAAUGAUCUUAAAAAUUUGAAGGAGGAUGCCGCCACAUUUGCCUCACUGAGGGCUAUGUUCGCAGCUCGUUGUGAAGAAUAUGUCACCCAGCUUGAUGAGCUGCAGAGGAAGGUCACAGCUACAGAAGAAGAAAAGAAGACACUAAAUGCCUUACUAAGACUAGCAAUAACACAAAAACUGUCUUUAAUACAAAAGCUAGAAGAACAUGAAAUGGAUAAAGAUAAGGGACACACUCGACGACAUAGCUCGCGGGGACGCAAUGUGUAUUCCCGUGGGAGUGCUAGCAGCGGCCAUCAUCAAUCAAGUGGUGGAGGAAGUGCCUAUAGUGGAAAUCGACAUAGCCAUGACAGUAGCCAUUUUCACUCUCGACGUGAUUUUUAAAUAUUUUUAAUGUAGAUUUUAUACCGACUAAGCAAAAUGUUGUUUUUAUACUUAAAUAAAAUAUUUAUUUAAAUUUUAA